AUGACUGUGUCUGAACGACCGAGACACACUUCUGGGUUGCUCAUGCCGCCAUUAUCCUCCGAGAAAGAGCCUGUGCAUGAGGACGCUUCCUUGAAGACAUCCACGACCACUGUCUUGCCCAUUUACGCUGCCAUUUCUGCCAUGCAACAGAGUCGUUCUACCACCAACGCCACAACUUCUUCCAGCUGUAGCAACCGCAUCAUCAGCUAUAGAACCCUGCAAGACUUCUACACCCUUCUCGACCAGAUUGAGAGAACAUCGUAUGUCGGAGCGCUCUUCCUGGAACCGUACGCUGAGAGGCUGAAGGACGAUAUGUGCAAGGACUGCUGA